CAUCGGCGAGUUUUCCCCAAGUGUUUGAGUAGGGAGGUAGUUGAUACCAGGUUUUGUAACGCCAUAGUGUGUUAUGCAGGGGUCAUCGCGGACGAGCGUAGCUUCGUGUUAGAGUUCUAUCUAUCAGCAUGUUAAAAAGUCCCAGCAGGAAAACUGCGCUCUCCGCAGCAGGAGCGGCCGUCACCUGCGUGGCGCUGCUCGUGGUGCUCGCGCAGCAGCGCAGGAGCGCGCCCCGUGACGCGCGCGGGGACGCGGAGGUGGGGAUGCGCUCACUACAGAGUGUGGCCGAGGUGGAGGUGGAUGGAGGAGUGCAGAGCGACCAAUCAGGCCUGGACGGAGGAAAGAAAAAGGGAUUUUCCGCCUAUUUUUCCAAACUGACGCGGAGCAGGAGAGAGGCUGCGGACAAACCCAACGCUGCGCUCUCGGGCGCUCCAUCCAGCGCGCCGGCUGAAGAGCUGCGCCUCGACGACCUCUUCAUCGCCGUGAAGACCACCAAGAAGUUCCACCAGCCCCGGCUUCACUUGCUUUUGGAAACGUGGAUUUCGAGAAACGUUCAACAGACAUACAUCUUCACAGAUGGGGAGGAUGAGGAGUUGAAGAAGAAAAUGGGAAACCAUGUCAUUAACACCAACUGCUCUGCUGCUCACAGCCGCCAGGCUCUGUCCUGCAAGAUGGCUGUGGAGUAUGACAAGUUUAUUGAAUCAGGAAAAAAGUGGUUCUGCCAUGUGGAUGAUGAUAACUAUGUGAACGUCAGGACACUUGUCAAGCUGCUUUCUCAAUAUCCUCACACUCAGGACUUGUACAUUGGCAAACCCAGCCUGGACAGGCCCAUUGAGGCUACAGAGAGACUCGGGGACAACAAGAUGAGACCCGUUAAUUUCUGGUUUGCCACUGGGGGAGCUGGUUUCUGCAUCAGCCGUGGUCUGGCUCUGAAAAUGAGCCCUUGGGCAAGUGGUGGUCAUUUCAUGAACACAGCAGAAAAGAUCCGCCUCCCUGAUGACUGCACCAUUGGUUACGUCAUCGAGUCAGUUCUAGGGGUUCCACUUACACGUAGUAACCUGUUCCACUCACAUCUAGAGAACCUGCAACAGGUGUCUCGAUUAGAAGUACACAAACAGAUUACACUGAGUUACGGUAUGUUUGAGAACAAGAGGAAUAUCAUCAACAUGAAAGGAGUUUUUCCGGUUGAGGAGGACCCAUCCAGGUUUAAGUCUGUGCACUGCCUGCUCUAUCCGGAUACUCCCUGGUGUCCUCCUCAGGUUACCUAUUAAGGCAACCAGCUCCUCUGUUGUAUCCUCGUCCUGACUGUGCCUCAGUAUCUGAAAGGCACUAGGGACCAGUGUGGUAUUGGCCCAUGUGGCUGCUUUGAUUGACAUUGCAGUGCAACGUGGCCUCUCGUGUUUUUUUUUUUUUUACUAGGCUGCUGUGCGGCCUGCCUUCGGACACUUCCUUCUUGCCUGGUGCGUGAGCUUCCUGUCUGUGUACCAAGCAGUGGGGCCCACAGCCCCUCAGGAAAAAAGGCUUUCAGCACCAAGCUUCACAGGCAAUCAGCUGUGCUUAUGUCCUUCAUAUUGCUUGUAUCCAUUGCAAUUCUCAUAGAAUGUGUUUUUUAAAAUGUGUCCAUGCCUUUUCCUGCCAGCUUUACAUGCUUAGUACAUAUGAUUUAUUUUUUUCUUUUUUAAAAUGCAAUUUAGGAUUUUAAUUUCAGGUCUGUGAUGACAAGCCUGAAAGAGAGAGUAAUUUAUAUAUGGGUGCUUUAUUAAGUUGUAAAGGACUCCGGACAAAAUAUUUAGAUGAAGGGUAAAGCCGUUGUUAGUAUCAUUUUCAGUUUCAAUAGACUUAUACUAUGGUUAUUACCUUUGUAUAGACUGAUAAGUUGAUAAUUUAUAUUUAUAUGAUUUGUGCUGGCAAAAGGCAAUUUCCAGAUGUGCUAUCAGAUUGUUUGAAUCUGUGGUACGUUUGGAUAAAGCACUUUUCUUCCCUUACUGUUCUGAAAAUGAUCGUGAUGACGGGCUUCGAAGCUGAAUGUAACAGAAGCCCAUGUUGAUUUUAAAAAUGCCAAUUCCUGCAUUCAAACAAUCUUGGCAUAUAUUAUUCAUGAGAAUUGGAUAUUGCUAAAUUUCUAAGCUUUAUUCUGAAAAAAACUUUUUCAGAAAGUUGCACAGCUUGGUUGAAUGAACUGCUCAUUGCUUUUGUAAAGUGAUUCUUGCAAAUAUUUCAUCAUGAGUAGACCCGACAUGCCAGCAUGACCAUGGCUAUUAAAAAAAAAAAAGUAAUUCAAAUGUGCAUGAGUCAAAUGAAUUACAUGUACCUGAUGUCCCAGUUGGCCUGCUCCACAUUACUCAUUUGACUUGUGUGGGGUCUCUACUCUUAAUCAUAUAGCAGUCAUGUUAAAACUUUACAUGAGCAAUGGCAAUGUGCCCUAUACAGAGACCGUCUCUGUUUAGUUUAUUAUUAUUAUUAUUUUUUUUUUUUUGUGCAAUGACCCAUAUUGGGUAGACUGUUAUUUUUUAAAGCAGUAUGUAUUUACUGUGCCAUGCUAAAAAAAAAUAAUUGUACAUAAUCGUUUAGAUGGUAUUAUACUUUUACCUGUGCAUCAGGCAUUGUUCUGAUGACUGCUUAUUUUAUCUUUUUUUUUUUUUUGGCUUAGAAUUGUGCUAAUGGCUGUAAUUUAUCCUCCAGUAUCUGGAUUCUUCAAUUGUUCAAAUGCCUUUCUCUCAGGGAUUAACAUCCUGAUGGAGUUACUGUGGUACUCCACUGUGGUAACCAUGCAUUAGCUUUUUAAAAAAAUAAAAUGGCAUACCCGCUGAGAAACUACA